AUGGAAAAGAAUAAGAAUGAAGUUUUGAGAGAAGAAGAAAUAAAAAUCGAAAAAGUGAUUCGUUUAGAUAAAACAGGUUGUCCAAUUAUAAAGGGAUAGAAGGCACAUAAGAUCACAUUUUGUGAUGAAGUGAUAGUUGGGAAAUCUAUUCAUAAUAUAAUUAUUGUCGAAUGUUAUAAACAAUUUAAUUUGCCUCCAAAUGAUAUAGAAGUUGCUGAUGAAUGCUGUAUAUUAUUAUGA